UCCAUCAUGGCUGCCGCCGAAGUUGACGCUGCGUACAGCAGUUCCGAUGCAGAUAGCGAUGUACCUUUCAUACUGUAUCGAGACAGGCCUGAUUGGAAGGAUGUCGAGCCCUUGCCACAAGACGACGGACCAAGUCCAGUUGUCAAAAUAGCUUAUUCCGAAAAGUUUAAGGAUAUCUAUGAUUUCUUCCGGGCUGUAAUAAAGAGAGAUGAACGAAGUGAAAGAGCGUUGAACCUGACCAAAGAUGCUGCAGAUCUUAACCCUGCAAACUAUUCUGUUUGGCAUUAUCGUCGAGUUCUCCUUCAGUCACUGAAGAAAGACCUGCAGGAGGAGAUGGGUUACAUUCAACAGAUCAUCGAAGACCAUCCUAAAAAUUAUCAAGUCUGGCACCACAGGCGCGUCCUGGUUGAAUGGCUGGCUGACCCCUCAAAAGAGCUAGCCUUCACUGCAAGCAUCCUGAGAAUAGACUCCAAGAACUAUCACGCCUGGUCCCAUCGCCAGUGGGUGCUACGAACCUACGAGCUGUGGCAAGAUGAGCUGACCUUCGUGGAGAGGCUGCUGGACGAAGACCUGAGGAAUAACUCGGCAUGGAAUCAGAGAUAUUUUGUCAUCAAUAACACAAGUGGAUUCAAUGAGGAGGUCAUAGACCGAGAAAUCAAGUUCUCACAGGAUCUGAUAAGCAAAGCUCCAAACAAUGAAAGUGCAUGGAAUUACUUAAGAGGGGUCCUGUCAGACAUUAACAUGAGCGACUUCACCAGUGUGCGAGAUUUCUGCCAGGGUAUGUACGACAAGGACAUACGAUCGCCGUACCUGCUGGGAUUCAUGGUGGAAAUGCAAGAAGAGCAACUCGAAGGAGGGAACGGUGAGGAGAGUGUCUUACUCAAGGCCACCGAGCUAUGCGACAUGUUAGCCAAGCAGUUUGACCCUAUAAGACGCGAGUACUGGAACUACAUUCAGAGAUCCCUCCGAUUGCGCUUCGGCAAAAUACAAAAAGACGACGCCAACCAACAGGCAUAUGACCCGACCUUUUAAAAAGAGCAUUUCAGAGAUCGCCUGUUUUGAAAACAUUAAGUGGGCACCCUGCUUUUCAGAGGGCAAUUGGUUAUUCCAAAAAGGUGCACUUUAUUUUCCAAGCAACAUCGCCUUUUAAAAAAAGCAUUUCAGAGAUCGCCUGUUUUGAAAACAUUAAGGGGGCACCCUGCUUUUCAGAGGGCAAUUGGUUUAUCCAAAAAGGUGCACUUUAUUUUCCAAGCAACAUCACCUGCUGGUCAUUCUGCUUAAUGCGUGGUGCUCCAUUUUUCAGAAACACAGGUCAAAAUGAGUCCGUUUAGGUAAUGUUUAUGGCUUGAUAAUACCGUUUCAAAUAUUUUGUAAAGUUAAAUAUUUUAUACAAGCAGACUCAAGAAAAUUUUUUCUUUCACUUCAGGCAUUUCAUCUUUCUAAAUCUGUUGUAACAUUUGGUAAAUCUGGCGUUUUCUUGUGAGAAGUAAUUAAUGUAUAGAGUUGAAGCUGUGAGCUUUGCUGCCACGUAUGUUAUCAAAACUGUACUAAAUGUACUCACAAUGUCUGUAAUGUCUAUUUUGUAAAUGUUGUCAAAAUACAUUGUGUUGAUGUGCUUGUAAUAAUUAUGACUAUGUAGUUCUGCCUGUUAAAAUGUUCACCUCUGUUAAUCUCUUAUUCAUUCCACAUAAUUUGCAUCUAGCUCCAUGAUCUUAUUGAAAGUAUAAAAAUGAAUGACGUAACAUGCUAGAAUCAUUGUGAGCGCACAAGCUGGCAGUACAUUUAGUAGUGAAAUAUUGUAUGAUUUUUCUUCUUUAGUUAGCACGAAAUUUGCUUACCGUUAAGUAGUGCUAUGAAAUUGGGUCUAGGUCUGAAUUAAUGGCUCUAGGAGUGGCUAUGGCUGGAACACUGAAAAGUCCUUUGUUGCAACAUUGUUGCUACAGCCAGUGGCUAUAGCCGUAAGCUAAAGACACUUGUUAUGGACAUGAGCUUGAGGAGGUUUUUACGCUUAUAUAGACCAUUUUGAAUAACCACUUUGUUUCUAUGAAAGUGGCACGCAUCAUUCUUGGUUUGAUUAUGUUGACACACGCACGCACACCUACACGCACACGCUCACAGAAGCCAUGUUGUAGGGCAGCUAUUUGAAUUGUGCUGUCAUAUUCGACGCGUUCAAUUGAGGCCAGCUAUGCAUUGAAUACUUACCUGAGUAACUGAAGCUCAUCAGAAAAAAAAUUGAAUAUAAAACAAACUUUAUUAAACUUUAGAACAUGAAAAAUGUUUUUUUUUUGUACAUGGUACAAAACAUUGCUCAAAUAUAAAAGGCAACUUGAAUUAAUUUGGCAUAUUUUAAUACUUUGAAUGUGUUGAUCGAAGAUUAAAACGUGAAGUAAACAGAAAUAAAAAUUCUAUGUAAUUUAAA